GAGAAUAUGUAUAAAAAUUAUGUAUACUGAACGUCCCACGGUGGCUUAAAAUUUUUUCCACUGAAUGAAAGUGACUUCCGAAAACGUCAUAUCCGAGACGGUUAUUGCCUGUGCCUGGCAGUUGGCAGUACCUACGGUAGAAAAUGGCCAGAGGACAGCAGAAGCUUCAGUCACAAGCCAAAGCUGCAGAGAAACUGGCAAAACAGAAAAAGCAACAGGGCCAUAAUGCCAAUCUCCAGAAAAAGGCAGCACAAGCAGCUCUUGUCCAUGUCUGUUCAGUAUGUAAGGCCCAAAUGCCAGAUCCAAAAACAUACAAGCAACAUUUUGAGAAUAAACACCCAAAGAAUGAGAUGCCUGAUGAUCUGAAGGAAAUAGCUCUAUGAUAUCAUUACAUGUGGUACAACCAUCUCAGACUUUUAAAACUUUUUGUGGGGAACAUUACAUUGUGGGGCACUUCGGACAUGUACAACAAUACUCAUUUGUCUUGAUAACAUCUGCAAGUUACUGUGGUGAACAUUUCUCAGUAAGGGGGAUGAAUUAUGGUAUUUCAUUAACACUUCUUCCAUUUAAUUGAAAUAUAAUUAGUUUGCUCUGAAUGAAGUUGUUUUACACUGGUAACUUUUGUUUGUUAAGAUGUUAGGAGAAAGAUUUUGUUGUAAGCAUAAUAAAUACAUUUUUAUUUUGACAAAAUUUGAACUUUAAACAUAUUUUAAUGCCUUAAAAAUUCAUAAAAAAUUGGCUUGUGUAAUCUGAAGCUAUUGUAUCUUUUUAAGUUGCCAUUAAAAAUGAAGAAAUGUUGAUGGGUGCUCUAUAUUUUUGUUUCCUGGAUUCUUCAGGAUAUAGGAAGGGUCCAUUACCCUUUGAAACUGAAGGAUUUUAUUUAUUAUGUGGUAUGGUAGACUGUGUAUACUUGUUUUCAGGUUGGAUGAAAAUGCCUUCUAAAACUUGGUUUUACUUUUGAACCCCAGUAACUGCUAUAGUAGUAAUAAUUCAAGCAGUGUUUUGUUUGAUGGUUUUGGAUUUACAAUUAGGUAUGAUUUGGAUAUAUACAUAUAUAUACACACAUGAAAUUGUACAUGUGAGACAAUUGUUGCAUUUGAUGUGUGGUUUGCCAAGGUAUCAUGAGCUACCAUUAUACAAGAAAGCACAAAUAUAAUGUUUAAUAACCUUAGAAAUGAAGUACAGUUGUUUCUUGAUUUACAUAGUGAUUGUGUUUUUGAAAAAUGCUACGUAAAUGAAGUGGAAAAAUAACAUUUUAGUUAACCUUGGUGGUCUAGUGGUAGCAUGCUUGCCGGUUGAAACCUGGCUGAGGUUGAUGGAUUUUUAAGGGGGUGAUAAAAAUCCAUAGCAUGACUUCCUUUAGAGGCGAAGUAAAGCCAGUGGUUCCAUGUCGUAGAUUUACGGCAUGUAAAAGAACCUUAUGGGCAUGAACAAGAUGUUCUGUAAGCAAAAUUCAGCAGCCAUUUCUCACCCAUGUCUUUGGUAGAGGCUUUGUGAUGGGCUGAUCACUCUUCCAAGGAAUCCUUAUCAAAUGUCUCAAAUAUAUCAGAAACCUCCUAAAGGUGGCCCCGAUGCUCCAAGUAGGAGGAGACAAGUGUAUAAGAAGAAGAAAGCAACAUUGUGUUCAUCAGCAUUGUUUGCCAUGUUGCUCAUUACUAAUCAUAUUAAAAUUAGAAAUAAAAUUAUGUGAAUUAAAAAGUGGUACGUGUUCUUUACUUUACAUUAAGUGGAGAAAUUACUAUAUGUAAAUGUUUUGCUUAUAUUAUUACUGUAGUAAUUCCAAUAAAGUUGAUGAUAAUGAAGUGUCUGAA